UGUACAGAGAGCGCGAGCAGCAGCCAGCGAGGCAUAAGCGAGCGCGCGAGCAAUGCGAUAGUCCGGGCAGCAAUGCUGAAAUAAGCCACGACAUUCUUCUCAAGGACAAACUUUUAUUUUUAAUGAUCGGUCCUCACGUUUCGCACAAUCCGUCGCGUUUGAUUGCUUUGCUCUUUUCGUUGCUGUGUGUGUUUUUCGAGAGGGAGCUCCCUCCUCUGAACAUUUGAUUCCGAACCGACACUUUUUUGAAGACCCUUGGAAAUUAUGUUCCGAUCGGCGCUGAUCCAACCGGCAAGAUGAUGAAUUUACCGAGGACUGGGUUCGGUCGCGGUGCUGAUUCGGUGGUCUUGGUGUUGUUUUGGGUCUUGGGAGCCGUCCUGGCCAAGGAUACUGCCUUUGUGGAAGUUGUGCUUUUUGAGUCGAGCCCAAAUGGUGAUUAUACCACUUACACGACAGGUUUGCAAGGGCGCUUCUCCAGAGCCGGAGCCACUAUCAGCGCAGAGGGCGAGAUCGUGCAAAUGCACCCUUUGGGCCUGUGUAACAAUAAUGAUGAGGAAGACUUGUACGAAUAUGGCUGGGUCGGGGUGGUCAAACUGGAACAGCCUGAGUUGGACCCAAGCUGUCUUACAGUACUGGGCAAGGCCAAGAGAGCCGUUCAGAGAGGAGCCACAGCUGUUAUCUUUGACGUCUCGGAGAAUCCAGAUGCCAUUGACCAGCUGAACCAGGUUUCAGAAGACCCAUUAAAGAGGCCUGUGGUUUAUGUCAAAGGAGCCGAUGCGGUUAAACUGAUGAACAUAGUCAAUAAGCAAAAGGUCGCACGAGCCAGAAUCCAACACCGACCACCAAGGCCUACAGAGUAUUUUGAUAUGGGAAUCUUCCUGGCAUUCUUCGUUGUGGUAUCUUUGGUUUGCCUCAUCCUCCUCAUCAAAAUAAAGCUCAAGCAAAGACGCAGCCAGAGUUCCAUGAACCGGAUGGCCAUUCAGGCCCUGGAGAAAAUGGAAACAUGCAAGUUCAAGGCUAAGUUCAAGGGUCAGCGUGAGGCCAGCUGUGGAGCUUCAGACUCUGUGAGCAGUAGUUCCACAUCAGACUGUGCCAUAUGCCUUGAGAAAUACAUCGAUGGUGAGGAGUUGAGGGUGAUCCCUUGUGCACACCGAUUCCACAAGAAAUGUGUGGACCCAUGGUUACUUCAGCACCACACUUGUCCACACUGCAGGCACAACAUUAUUGAUCAGAAAAAGGGAAACCCAGGCGCUGUUUGCCUUGAUCCAGGAAACCCAGUCCAUGGCCGUCAGCAGAGAGUCGUCCUCCCUGUUCACUAUCCAGGAAGGGUGCACAGAGCUGGACAAGUCACAGCCUACCCUACACGGACCAGCAUGGACCCCCAUGGCAACCCCAUCAACUGUUCUAACAGUGACCAGCACCCAGAGCAAGGCCUCUAUCCUUCACAAUCCUCCUUUAUAAGGGGUUACCCUGCCCUCCACUUGGACCCACACACUAACCCACACCAUUGUGGCCUGGAGCACCGUGGCCCUGCUUACCCACAAACCCAUACUUUCAAACGGCCCAAAUUCCACGGACGCAACUUUUCUCGUGCUGCCUGCUUUUCACAGUAUGAGACAAUGUACCAGCACUACUAUUUUCAAGGCUUGACCUUCCCACAACCUGAAGGUCAGCCUAGUAAUGGACUCCACAAAGGUCACAAUAGACCCUUCCAGCCAGGACUUUUGUAUCCUACUGUGGUACACAUGGCACCAGCUUCCUCUUCCCGCCUGGGUGACUCUGGAAGCACCUCUGGACUUAGUUGUUACCACGGGCACCGGUCUGUGUGUAGCGGUUACCUUGCGGACUGUCCUGGGAGCGACAGCAGCAGUAGCUCGGGUCAGUGCCACUGCUCCUCAAGCGACUCCAUGUUGGAUUGUACGGAGGUCAGCAACCAGGGUGUGUACGGGAGCUGCUCAACAUUUCGAAGUUCACUAAGCAGCGAUUACGAUCCCUAUGUGUACCGCAGUAAGAGUCCAUGUCGAGGGUCAGCUGGAGAGGCUGGGACGGUGUUUUCUGCUGCCCCUCCAGCUGAUGACACUUCAGCCCCAGUAUCAGGGAUGAUAGACUGCUUGCAACCUCCGGGUGGAGCUUGUUACAGUUCUGGGGACCAGUUGUCUAACUGUAGCCUGGAGCCCAACUGUAGUAACCACUCUUCAGUGGAAACCAGGGAACUUACUAGCACUACCUCAGCUGGGCCCCUUGAGGGCAAUGUGGCAGAAAGAAGCCACAACUCUGUGAAGCCUUGUGGAGAGCAAGGGGUAGCUUGCAACUGCUGUUUCGAGGUACCGAAAUUAAACCUAGAACGUAAAGGUAAGGAAGGAGAGGACAGGGGACGCUGCAGGUGGGCUGCAGAGUCUCAAGCAGUUGCUUCCUCGCAGAACUUUUAUAGUGUUAGCACCGAGCAGCUGCCAUCACCAGAUCACGUUAGCUAUGAUGGACUGCCAUGCUGCUUCUACACAGAGAUGACUGUGCACCGAGGAGGUGCUAAUCAUUACGCUGAAGACUGUUCGGUUAAUGUACAGUACGCCCAAACAGACAGUGAUGGCUGCAUGGGACAGGUUUGCUGUGAGCUAGCGCAGCGAAUACCCAUAAUUCCUGAGGAUACAGACUGUGAAUUAGGCUUGGGUCCAGAACCACAAACAAGUUUGCUUUCUUCUAGACUUACCAUGGAGCGAGAGGAGAGGACUUCUUCUGAGGACACUUGUGACUUGUUUUUCACCUCAGGACAAUGUAGAGGUCAAGUUUAUCAGCAGCCUCAAGAUGAAGAGGCGAGAGCACUGUUUUCCUCAAAGUGUAACGCCAUGUCUGAAACACAAGGGAGCAGCAAAGCGUCUUUUGAUGGAUCGGGGCUCUGAUAGAAAGCCCCAACACAACACAGGCUCUUGAAAAUGAAUAAAUGCUAAACUUUUUAAUAGCUAUGUUGUCAAAACUCUGGAGUGUGCUUAUCAGAAAGGGUUUGUGUUUCAAAUCAAGAUUUAACAGUUGUACUUUUUUGUUUUUGUUUGUCAGUGUUGAUAUUGUUCAUUCCUGUGGCCUUCAGAAUCAGUCACAUCAACACAACCCAUAUAGAAGUUCUAGAAGGCGAAAGAUAAUAGCUAUAUUUGAUUUUCACAUACUACUUCAUGCAAAUGUGAGUCUCACAGAGCAUCAUUACAUGCAUGCUUCUUUCUUGAUUGGACUAGAAACCAGGGGACGUGUCUGUAAAUGUACAUGGCUAACUUUAAAAUAUUUUUAAAUGACAAUUUAGAUUACGAGAUCCACGUUAUUAGCGAAGAUGAUUGGAAUGCUCUUUUUUUUUUACACAUAUUUCAUUCACAAUUGCAUGCAUGAGUAGUAAGAAGUCAUACAGCAUGUACCUACAUCUCGAUUGAAUUAUUUCGUUUAGAGAAAUAAUAACCAAAACGGAACACUUCACGUGGAGGGGGAGGCCACAUCGGGUGCUGAGCUCGUUUUUCACUUAACUGGGUGCAACUCGGCCUUGAAUAUGUACACCUCCUUCUCUUCCUCUCUCAGGGCCUUUAUCUUUUUAGUACAGAAACAGACCAAUAAAGCUUCUUUUGUUUUUAAACACUUAUCAAUGGAGACUACUGAGCUACAUGUAAAUCACACCAAAGUUUAGUUUGUCUCCAGGGUACCAUCAAAACACCACUGGUAGAAUUAGAACCUGACUACUCUAGGGUUAGGAUUUCUAGUAUUUGACCCCUAAUAAGAUGCUCUUUAUAUAUAUAUAUAUAUAUAUAUAUA